GGUGGGGCUCGUCAUUACGGUCUUUUCCCUAGCAGCACAGCUCACUCCAGCAGCAUCAGCAGCAGCAUCGGGAGCAGCAGGGGAAAGGGAAGGAGCAGCACGCCAUCGCCAUGGCAGAGGAGAAGAAGAAGCACAAGCACAAGCACAAGGAGAAAGAGAAGGAGAAGAAGGACAAGGCCGCGACGGGGGAGUCGGCCAGCUUCAAGCCGUGCGUGGACGUGAAGGGCAUCCGCUUCGGCGGGCAGUUCAUCGUCAAGUCGUUCACGGUGCGCCGCGCGUCGCCGCUGGAGCUGCUCCGGCUGCUGGACAUCCCGCCGUCGUACCUGAGCGAGCUGCAGAGCCUGCCGUUCCCGUCCACCACCGCGUACAUGCCCACCAGCUUCACCAUCCUGGCGCACCAGGCGUGGCACACGCUCACGCUCGGCCUGGGCACAAAGAAGUCCAAGGUGGUGCUCUUCGUCUUCGAGUCCGAGGCCAUGAAGUGCGCCGUGGACCAGCUCUGGCCGGCCAUGAUCCCGCUCGGCGACGUCAACAAGAAGCUCAUCCGCGGGCUGUCUGGGAGCGAGAUGGCGAGGUUCAAGUUCAGGAAAGGGUGCCUCACCAUCUACGUCUACGCCGUGCGCCGGUUGGGCGCCGCGGGCUUCGUGCGCGCCGACGACCUCAGGAGGAUACUGCAGGCCGUGGUGGAGCUCAAGGACUUCUUGGAUCACACCGCCAUGCUCGCCAUGCCCAGCCAGAGGAGCAUCACGUUGCAGUCCCGGACCGCGGCGUCGCAAUGAUCCUUAGAGCGAGCUCGACCCAUUUCUGCAGUGCAGGAAUGCAAACUACAUAUUGCUUUCUCCAUUCUCUCUUUCGGAGCACUGUUACUGGAGGUAGGAAUUAUCCAGAAUUCCAUAUUCAA